CAUUUUUCUCGGACUUUCUGUGGAUGCUCGCCACGGCGACGUUGACAACUACACUCACCGUGCGUUUUCGCCGGGAACUCCGUGUGAUACUAAAGUCGUACAGUCUCGGGAAAAUGUUAUCAUAUUGUGGGGAUGCGGCAGUAGCUAUGUGCGAUUAGUGAGGAUUUGUAUAAAUAACUUAAAAACAGUUUGAAGAACUCCAUCCGCGCGCUUCAUGUUCGACAGGACAGGAGGAGGAUCGUUUAAAAUUGGUCAAAUCGUUCAAUAUUUGGAGGAUAUCGACACAUGGAGACGGGCAGUUGAGCAUCAGUGGGGUUUUAGCCGAGUGUUGUGAUGGGUAAAGAUUAUUACAGGGUCCUGGGGAUCGAGAAGGGCGCCUCGGACGAGGAGAUCAAGAAAGCCUACAGAAAACAAGCUUUGAGAUUUCAUCCCGACAAAAACAAAUCAGCCGGAGCAGAAGAUAAGUUCAAAGAGGUCGCCGAAGCGUACGAUGUCCUGAGCGAUGCCAAGAAGAAAGACAUCUAUGACAGAUAUGGAGAGGAUGGGCUGAAGGGACAUGCCGGUAGUGGUAUCAAUGGCCCUAGCUAUAGUUUUCACGGAGAUCCUCACGCCAUGUUUGCAGAGUUCUUUGGUGGCCGUAGCCCAUUCGAUCAGUUCUUUGCAUCUGCUGGGGGCGCAGAUCAUGACAUGGACAUUGAUGACCCCUUUGCGGCCUUCGGAAUGGGAGGAAUGGGCGGAUUCCCCAGAUCUUUCAAAUCUCGGGCAGGUGGUGUGCACAGGGGCCGGGAAAAGAAGAAAGACCCCCCAGUAAUGCACGAACUCAAAGUGAGUCUAGAAGAAGUGUUUUCUGGUUGCAAGAAAAAGAUGAAGAUCUCUCGGAAGAGGCUGAACCCGGACGGCUGCUCGGUGCGCACCGAAGACAAGAUCCUCACUGUGGACAUCAAACGUGGCUGGAAGGAGGGGACAAAGAUUACCUUUCCCAAAGAGGGAGAUGAGACGCCAACCAACAUCCCUGCCGACAUCGUGUUUGUGGUUAAGGACAAGGUUCACUCAGUCUUUCGAAGAGACGGCUCCGACAUCAUCUAUCCUGCAAGGAUAUCCCUCCGAGAGGCUCUGUGCGGCUGCACCAUCAGCGCUCCCACCCUGGACGGAAGGACUGUCACAGUGACAUCACGUGAUGUCAUCAAACCUGGUAUGAAGAAGAGGAUUGUGGGAGAAGGACUGCCACUGUCCAAAUAUCCUGAAAAGAGAGGAGACAUGGUGCUGGAGUUCUCAGUCAAGUUUCCGGACAAGUUGGGAUCGAGUACUCGUGAAGCUCUGGUUCAGAUCCUCCCACCUUGAUCUUUCCAAGCCACUCGAGGACAGACUCAACACUCAGAUCCUAUGAUCGGGCCCUUCUGAUUUCCUAGAUAUUAAUGCACCUGAAAGUAUGAGUGGUAAAUGUACAAACAAGUCGAGCUCUGAGAAACACAAUAGAGCUCCAAUACAUUAUUUAUAUCCCCUUACUUGUAUUGCAAUGCACUUUUACAAAACACUGUGAAACAUUUCAGAAGUAAUAUAUUGACUUUGACAUAGUUUUACAGUACCUCACCACUCCGUCAUCCUCCCCUUCUUCAGGUUUCUUUCCUCUUGAAUCUGUUUGUAUUUUUUCUUUUAUUAAAAUUUUAUUCCAAUUUCA